GAGCAUCUUUACACAGUUCUUUCUCUCAUGUUUCAGUUGAGAUGAAGUUACACAUGUCCAGGAAGAGGAAGAUGAAUAUUCUGAACUGCAUAUUGAAGUGUGAAAACUAGCCAUUUGACACUUUAAGCUGCUGAUAUUUUUAUCAUUUGAGCGUCGACACUCAGACAUCGACACUGCAGCGCGAAAUGACUAUGGUGCCGUCACUGGUAACAUCUCUUCCUCUGAUGUUGGUGAUCAUGACUGCGGGGUUUGUUGGUAAGCAGUAUUUGGCAGUGAAUUACAGUCCUUCAUAUGUUUGUGCAUUAAAGGGGUCAACAGUGAAACUGUCCUGUGUUUUAAACUAUCCUCAUGAUCAUGAGCUCAAAACAGUCUUCUGGACCAAACCUGCUGUAACUGAUGGAGAUCCACCGAACCUGUGUUCAGACCCAGAAAAGAGAGGAAGAGUUCAGUGUGACAGUGAAUAUAACAACACUUACAGUAUCACUUUGACGAGUGUAACAGAAGCAGAUAAACACAUCUACUACUGCAGAUUCAUUACAGACAGAGGAAGAUGGACAGGGAUUCCUGGAGCUCAGCUGGACGUCACAGAUCUGCAGGUGGAGGCAGAGCAGUGUGUGAAUAAGGGAGAUUCAGUCAAUCUGACAUGUAAAAGCAGCUGCUCACUGCCUCAACAAACAACAUUCAUCUGGUUCAGAGAGACACAGAGAUUAACUAGAGAAAUCAUCAGAGAGAAUCAGCUUCAUCUGCAGUCAGUCAGUCUUUAUUAUUCAGGAAACUAUCGGUGUGCUGUUUCAGGAGAGGAACAUCUGAAGUCUCCACCUGUUUAUCUUCAUGUAGGAUGGGGUGAUGGUCAGCAGGAUUGGGGAGUGAAUUACAGUCUUUCAUAUGUUUGUGCAUUAAAGGGGUCAACAGUGAAUCUCUCCUGUACUGUAAAAUAUCCUCAUGAUCAUCAGCUCAAAACAGUCUUCUGGACCAAACCUACUGUAGGUGUUAAAGAAACCCCUGAUCUGUGUUUAGACCCAGAAAAGAGAGGAAGAGUUCAGUGUGACUGUGAAUAUAAAAACAACACUUGCAGAAUCACUUUGACGAGUGUAACAGAAGCAGAUAAACACAUCUACAACUGCAGAUUCACUACAGACACUAAGGGAGGAAGAUGGACAGGACGUCCUGGAGUUCAGCUGGACGUCACAGAUCUGCAGGUGGAGACAGAGCAGAGUGUGAAAGAGACAGAUUCAGUCACUCUGACAUGUAAAAGCAGCUGCUCUCUGCCUCAACAAACAACAUUCAUCUGGUUCAGAAACACACAGAUAUUAACUACAGGAAUCAUCAGAGAGAAUCAGCUUCAGCUGCGGUCAGUCAGUCGUUAUGAUUCAGGAAACUAUCAGUGUGCUGUUUCAGGAGAGGAACAUCUGAUCUCUCCACCUGUUUAUCUUCAUGUAGGAUCGGGUGAUGGUCAGCAGGAUUGGGGAGUGAAUUACAGUUCUUCAUAUGUUUGUGCAUUAAAGGGGUCAACAGUGAAUCUCUCCUGUACUGUAAAAUAUCCUCGUGAUCAUCAGCUCGAAACAGUCUUCUGGACCAAACCUGCUGUAGCUGUUACAGAAACCCCUGACCUGUGUUCAGACCCAGAAAAGAGAGGAAGAGUUCAGUGUGACCGUGAAUAUAAAAACAACACUUGCAGAAUCACUUUGAUGAAUGUAACAGAAGCAGAUAAACACAUCUACAACUGCAGAUUCACUACAAAAAAUAAGGAUGGAAAAUGGACGGGGGUUCCUGGAGUUCAGCUGGACGUCACAGAUCUGCAGGUGGAGACAGAGCAGAGUGUGAAAGAGACAGAUUCAGUCACUCUGACAUGUAAAAGCAGCUGCUCUCUGCCUCAACAAACAACAUUCAUCUGGUUCAGAAACACACAGAUAUUAACUAGAGAAAUCAUCACAGAGAAUCAGCUUCAGCUGCAGUUAGUCAGUCUUUAUUAUUCAGGAAACUAUCAGUGUGCUGUUUCAGGAGAGGAACAUCUGAAGUCUCCACCUGUUUUUCUUAAAGUAAGAUCGGGUGAUGGUCUGCAGGAUUGGGGAGUGAGUUACAGUCCUUCAUAUGUUUGUGCAUUAAAGGGGUCAACAGUGAAUCUCUCCUGUACUGUAAAAUAUCCUCCUAAUUAUCAGCUCAAUACAGUCUUCUGGACCAAACCUGCUGUAGCGGUUACAGAAACCCCUGAUCUGUGUUUAGACCCAGAGAACAGAAGAGUUCAGUGUGACUGUGAAUAUAAAAAAAACACUUGCAGAAUCACUUUGACGAAUGUAACAGAAGCAGAUAAACACAUCUACAACUGCAGAUUCACUACAAACAAUAAGGAUGGAAGAUGGACAGGGGUUCCUGGAGUUCAGCUGGACGUCACAGAUCUGCAGGUGGAGACUGAGCAGAGUGUGAAAGAGACAGAUUCAGUCACUCUGACAUGUAAAAGCAGCUGCUCUCUGCCUCAACAAACAACAUUCAUCUGGUUCAGAAACACACAGAGAUUAACUACAGGAAUCAUCACAAAGAAUCAGCUUCAUCUGCAGUCAGUCAGUCGUCAUGAUUCAGGAAACUAUCAGUGUGCUGUUUCAGGAGAGGAACAUCUGAUCUCUCCACCUGUUUAUCUUCAUGUAGGAUAUUCUCCAAAGAGUGUCUCAGUGUCCAUCAGUCCGUCUGAAAUAGUGGAGGGAGAUUCAGUGACUCUGAUCUGCAGCAGUGACUCAAACCCUCCUGCUCUGAACUUCAGCUGGUUUAAGGAGAAUCAAAGCUCAGCUGUUGGAUCUGGACAGAGUUUCAUCAUCUCCAGCUUUAACUCCAGUCACAGCGGACGCUACUAUUGUGAGACUCAGAAUCAACAUGGAUCUCAGAGAUCAGCGUCUGUUUCAGUCUCUGUUAAAGGGGUUCAGAGAGCUGCUCUGCACACAGUUAUUGGGAUUGUGGUGGGAUGUGUAGUAUUGAUCUUCAUCAUCAUCAUCAUCAUCGUGUUUAUUAAGAAGAAGAGGAGAGAACGUGGAGCUGAAGAUGUCAGACAAAAUCAGGAUCGUGUCAGCAGAUCAGGAGAAACAGCUCCGACCAAUGACGAUCCAGUGUAUUCAGAAGCAUCAGCCAAUCAGACGGAUGAUCUGUAUGCUAUGGUUCAAGCGAAGAAACCCAAACGCUCGAGGAGAGAACAAACAGAAAAAGACUCUGGAGAUGCUGAAGAGAUUCAGUAUGCCAGUGUCCAUCACUUCAAGAACAAAGACAUGAACAAGACUGAAGAGACCACUGAGAUUCAACAUCCGUCUGAUGCCAGCAGAUCUGAGGAUGUGAUCUACAGCUCAGUCAAAUGAAGAACAUGUGGUCGAUCUGAUGCUCACAGGAGACCUGGGUUUGAGUUCAGUCCAGGUCAUGUUCCAGAUCCUUCUCUGCUUGAUUUCACACAUUUACACAUUCAUGGACUGUUCUGCUGUUUGGACAUUAAUGGCUUUCAGCUUACAGUCUGCUCAUUUAAUCAUGAAUAUUACACACUGUCUUCUCUCUACACUCACACAUGGACACCACUCAGACCUUUAAGAGUCAAAGGCCUUUUAGCUCUCGCUUUGUACAGUCAGAUAUUUUCUUGUGUGUGUUCAUACUGUGUGAUUUUAUUGCUAAAUACAUUACAUUUUAACAUCAGAAAGUCUUUAUUGUCAUUAUUACAUCACUAUGACAAUUUAGCAUAUUUUACACUUAAUUGUACUCUGGUUUGUUUGCCUAUAAAAAGCCUAACCAAGUUAUAAUCAUUUUAAGCUACCUGCUCAUAAGACAUAUUUUUCAAGUUUCUAUUUUUAUUUUGCUAUUGAGAGUAUUGAUGCUGUUAGUGACAUUGACACAAAGGUGAUCACUUGUAUAAUUUUAACCAUUUAAAAUGAAUUAAAGUUACAAAAAGGCCAAUUUAUGGCACCAAACUUCGCACUA